AUGAAGGUUAGAGAGGAGUUGGCGAAGAAAAUGAGCCUAAAAACUACUAAGUCUAUUGCUACAAAUGCAUCUAUUUAUGCGAUCGCAAAAGCAUUACCCUCUUCAGUUGCGCAGCUUCAAAAACUACCCUUCAAAGAACUACACGGAGAUAAAAAGGGGCAGAAGUACGGACAAGUGUUCGUGGCGGAAGUGCGGGCGUUUCUAUGCGAGAACCGCUUGACUCAUUUAUUGAGGGAAGACACCCGUGCGAGCCCACCUCCAGGUGUAUCUUCUUCUGCAUGUGUCCCUUCACCUGAUGAGGGUCCAGAAGAAUUUAUAUCGGUAGGGGGCCCCCAGGGAGGCCCCCCUGGGGGCCCCCCAUUAGACGUUACAGAUGCAUGCAUAUCUCAAAGGUACUGGCAGCAGGACAUUAAGGGACCCCCAGGGGCCCCCUGGGGGGCCCCAGGGGGGCCCCCAAGGGGCCCCCCAGGAGGAGCCACAGGGGGCCCCCCAGGAGGAGCCACAGGGGGGCCCCCUGGGGGCCCCGUAGGAGGAACACCAGGGGGGCCCCCUGGGGGGCCCCCAGGGGGGGCCCCUCCUCCAGAUCCUCAGAUGUGGGGUCCUGAAGACCUUGACUGCCUCGAUAGUUUUUGA